CAGCAGCUGCAGCCUGUUUUUGCUUCGAGCGUGAUGAUGCUGGCUGGACCGCUGUUUAACGCCCAAAAUGGCGGCACGGUUGAAAAGUUUUUACUGUUUUCUUCGAGUUUGUCUUCCUAGCAGAACGUUUCCGUAGUUACUCCAAACUUACGAAGACGUCGGUUUUCUUUUAGACGAGUGAAAAACUGACACUGCCUGACAGAAAGGAAAUUAGAAGAAGGAGCGAAUUAGGAUGGCUCUUCGGCUAUCAGCAUCUCUGUGCAGAGGCUAGGCUAUGUUAGCCUAACAAGCUAACCGCUACCAGACUUACCAAACAAAAGCUUCAGUCCUAGCGUCUUGUCCCACCUGGAUCUCCAAGCCGAAGUGAAUAUGAGGACGAUAAUCUCCACAUAGAAAUGGAGGAAGAUGUGAAAAAAGUCAAAAAGCCCGGACUCGUGUCUCCGUUCAAGCGAGUCUUCCUGAAAGGAGAAAAGGGGCGGGACAAGAAGGCCCAGGAGAAGACGACAGAGCGCAGAGCCCUCCACACCUUCUCGCUGUCUCAGCCUGACCACUGCAUCGACCCUGACAUCCUGCUCAACGACUACAUUGAGAAGGAAGUCAAAUACUUGGGGCAGCUGACAUCAGUUCCAGGGUACUUGAAUCCAUCAAGUAGGACAGAAGUCCUGCAGCUUAUUGACAACGCAAGGAAGUCCCAUCAGUUGGCAGGCCAGCUGACGUCAGAGCAGGAUGCAGUGGUGAGCUUGUCCGCGUACAACAUCAAGCUGGUUUGGCGAGACGGAGAGGACAUCAUCCUGAGAGUGCCAAUUCAUGAUAUCGCUGCUGUCUCAUACAUCAGGGAUGACUCCAUUCACCUUGUUGUUAUAAAAACAGCCCAGGAGUCAGGAGGUUCUCCCUGUCCCAGCUCAUGUCCCGAUCUAAACAAAUCCCAGACCCUGAGCUCCCUUUCUGAGAGUGGAGCCGUGCUUGUGGAGGUCUGCUGCCUGCUUGUCUUAGCUGUUGAUAAUAAGGCUGCGGCAGAGGAGUUGUGCCUUCUCCUCAGCCAGGUCUUUCAAAUAGUUUACACAGAAUCAACCAUCGACUUCUUAGACAGAGCCAUUUUUGAUGGAGCUACUACACCUACCAAGCAUCUGUCUUUGUACAGCGAUGACUCUUCAAGCAAAGUAGAUGUCAAAGAGGCUUUUGAAGGAGAAACAAGCCCGUUUCCUUUCAAGACACCAGAAGAGAACUCUUCCUCUGCAUCCAGCCCUACAUCUCCUCAGACAAAGCUGGCAAUUGAGGGAGAGCUCAGCACCUCUGCUGCAGAGCUGCUGCAGGACUACAUGACAACAUUGCGGACAAAGCUGUCAUCUCAGGAGAUUCAGCAGUUUGCCACUCUGCUCCACGAGUACAGGAACGGUGCCUCCGUUCACGAGUUCUGCAUUAAUCUGCGGCAGCUCUACGGGGACAGCAGGAAGUUCCUCCUCCUCGGCCUGCGUCCCUUCAUACCUGAGAAGGACAGCCAGCACUUUGAAAACUUCCUGGAGACCAUCGGAGUGAAGGACGGCCGAGGCAUCAUCACAGACAGCUUCGGCCGGUGCAAACGCACGGCCAGCUCGGCCUCGGACUCCACCACCAACGGCAACGGAGCGACGGGAGGAGGCGGCGACAGCACGGACGAGGGCCGCGACGCCUCCGAGGGCGACGAGUGGGACCGCAUGAUCACCGACAUCAGCAACGACAUCGAAGCUCUGGGCUGCAGCAUGGACCAGGAGGCGGUGACUCCCUGAGCCGGGACAUCACCCCUCAGAUAAGCGGAUCAGAUGAAGGUGGUCCACAGCACCAACCAAAGAUCUGCUUCAUUGUAUUUUCCUCUAAUUGUCAAGAGGACGUUCCAUACUCCCUUUACACUCAAAUCUUGUUACUAUUGAGUCAACAAAUGCACUUAAGCAGACAUGGUUGGCAUGCAGCUUGUUGACUUGGUUAGCAUUUCACAUGGAUUCUUAUCCCCUGAUUUAUUUUUAUUUUUUUACAAUAGUUUUAUACUCCUUUAUUGGCAGCAUCUGCCAGUGCUAUGUGUAAUGUAGCAAAGCUCUCCAGUCGGAGCAACAGCCACUCUGGAGAACCUGUCAGUGGGCUCUGCAGUUUUAAAGACUCCCAUUUGUUCUUUUGUAAGUCAGCUUCAAGCACAUGGAAAAGUUUGAUUUUCUUUGUUAAUUUCACACCGUGUUGCUGUGAAAAGUGUAACAGUUAGUUCAUGUAUGAUUCUCUCAGUAAGAUUGGUGUUCUGCUUUGUUUAUUAUCAUUUGUUAAUCAGUGUUUAUAUUUUUGCCUCAUUCAAACUGACCCAGAGAAUGCUGUACAUGUCGAUUAACAGCCGAGUGCAGGUCCGUGUUGGACAGAUCCAGUUUAUGGAUGGCUGACGUUCAUUUAUUUCGAGUCUUUUUAGUUAUCGUUCAAGUUGUAUGAUGUGUGACGUCAUGUUUGUUGUUGUGCCUUUACACUGCAGUACUGCUGCCAGCUGUCUGACACAGACAGCUCAUCUGAAACUGUAACUACAGUUGAACAAAUUAUGGUUAUUAAAUAACAGAAUAUUUACACAAACUGUAUGUUCGUAUUGCAAAACUUGCACGCUUUGAGUUUGCAUAAAACACUUAACUGUCAGCA